AUGUGGCCAAUGAAGCUGGAUAUGACUCGGGAAGAGUGUCGGGGCGUUCUGAGGCGUCUAGAGCUUGAAUCGUACGGCACGGUGAUAAGUACAUUUCGGGCCCAGGGGUGUUUGAACAAAGAAAAGCUACGAAUACUGGAAGAUUUGCGCCGAAUGCUACACAUUUCUAACGAUCGGCAUCGAGCGGAAGCGAGACGCGUUGCAAACGAUGAGCGGCUCACUACAGUUGCGGAAAUUAUUUCUGGUCCAAACAGUGGACAGGACUGGCGUCGUGAAGGACACCGUUCCUUUCCCAUUCUGCCCCGAACGGUACCUCACACUGCUUUGACGUAUAUAGCUAACACUGUGUUCGAACAAUUGACUCGUGCAAAUUCUAAGCUACCACAUCCAGCAGAUACGUUUUGCGAUCGACUAAAGAAAGCGGAAGAAAUGUUUAGAUUCGAGCUGGUUCGGAAAGAGUCUGCAUUGUUUGAGAAGGGUUUUGUACGUGAUGCUGCUGUUGUUACUUCGGAUCCGCUACAAGAUAUCAUGUCCAAGAGUUAUGUUAAGCAAGAUGAAAAACAUAAUGAUUCAACUAAGUCGGUAGAAAAGCCUACACUGGAAUGUGAAAAGGACGGUGCAUCAAUAACGAAUGGCGAGAAUACGACGACCACUUCCGAGCCUGUUUUCGAUCAAUCAUCAUUGUUUGAUAUACUGUUGAACACGAAUAUGCGCACGGACGACCAUUUGCAAUCGAAGUUAAACAAAUCUGGAGAACGUUUGCCACGAAAAAAGCCACAGGCAACGAAACGCACAUGGAAAUCGAAACCAUCCUUUCCACCUGCCAAACUGUUCAAACAUACGCUGGCGAAAAAUGGAAAACAAUCUUCCAAGGCCAAUAAUUUGCACAGUCCACAUCUGAUACAUUCGUAUGCGGCGCCAUUCGAUGAAGAGGAUACAUCUGAUAACGAUGAUUGCAGUACGGAACCGCCACAGUUACAGCAGCAUCUCACAUCUAACUUGUCACAACAAAAUCAACAAAACAAUCCGGGCACGGGACAAAUGGUUGGAGCUCCCGGUGGUGCUACACCUUCCCCUAUACAUAAUCUAGAGCAAGCAAUCUUGCCAACGUCCAAGAAGGACAUACAGUAUAAUUUGUUCAAGUUAAAGCCAAACAUCGGCAUAGGAUCCAAGGGGAAUGUGAAUAUUCCUACUAAGGGUAUAGGUGUCCAUCCGCUCGGCAAGCCAUUUCUGCAUCCGCUGCUAAACUAUCAAAGGAAAUCGCCCAGCAAGAACAUUCUUAUUCCCACGUCAAAUGCAGCAGCCACAUUGGCUAGUUUAGGUUUGCCAACACCGCUUCACCCACCAUUAACGGAUCAUUCAAACAAUUGGAUAAGUUCGAAAAUCCGUGACACCAACAUUAAAACUACGAAGCAUAUGAAAACAAACACAUCAACGCCUGUUAAUAGUGAAUCGGAGCGUACCAGUGUCCCGGCUGGUCAGAAACUUAAUGUACCGGGAUCAGAACUAACCAGCUAUCCUGGCCGUGUCACAAUGCCAACUGAAAUAGUUACAGAAAGUACGGAUCAACGGGUCGAUAACAAUCCUGUCACAAAAACGGCUCUAACUUCGAACCUUGCUAUACAAUCACCCGUCACGAACAAUGCUGGCUUACCGGGAGCACAACCAAACCUAGCCGGAUUUACUGCGGUAAAAAGUGGUACCAAACUGUCUGUGCACAAAAUGCAGCUAAUACCGGUUAAAGGUGUAACGCAAAACACACCGUUGACUCCGGCAGCACAGAAAAACAAUGUCUUUAUCCUGCCGAAAUCAUCGACUGUAGCUGGAGUACUGAAUCUGGGACAGAAGAUCACUAUCCCGAAAAGCAUCGUGGACUCAUCGACGAUCGUGCCACCAGUGUCAAGUCCUCCGAAGGUGAUUGUACAGUCUGUUCCCAAUCCGUACAGUGCAACGACGACAACGUUCGACAUGAACAUCUAUCGGCAAAAUACAGCAUCGUCUCCGAAGUUACAUACCAGCGAUGAGAAGUUAAGCGGUUCUGUUUCCGUAACAGCAACCACGGAGCACAAUGAAACGUCCGCCGAUGAGCGAGCGACACAGCAAGAUGUUCCAAGCACACAAAAGCGACCAGCUUCCGUUACCUUCCCUUGUGAUGGUGUACCUGGUCGUAAGAUCAAAAUUUCCACCAGUCAGCUCGUUCCUUUUAAGGGAACCUUGCAUACGACCCCUAUGCCAUCAACAAAUUCAGGCUGCAUAGCGAUUGGAGGUAAGAAGUUGAAAAUUGACUCGGAAGCUGCACUUUCAUUCGGACGUGCAGCUUUAAAUGAGACAGAUUGGGAAAACGAAUUAGAUCGUGCAAAUUCUACUCAAACUCCUAACGAUCAUGUUUUGUCGGAAAACGACCCAAAAGUAGUUCAGCACGCCUCAAGUUCCAACGAGCAAUCAAAUCCUUCGGCAAUAGCCAAUAUUACAUUGGUGCACAAAGAUGGUAAUACAUUUUCCAUCGAUGAGGAAAUUCGUAAGAAACACAAUAGUGGUAAUGCUUCACAUGGUUCACUGUCACCGUCCGAUAUGACAAAUGAUAGGACAGGGCAGAGUGAGUACGAUGUUGUUUCCACCGAACGAGAAGACGAUUCAUCCGUAACAGAUUCUGCCGAUGCAGAGGACGAUAUUGAAGACGAAGAGAGUCAGACAGAAGAAUGCGAAGGAAUCGAGGAAGAUGACUUCGGUGACGAUGUUAUGGACGUUGAAAUGGAAACGGAACCAAUCAUUAUUGAGGAGGAACCAGCGAACUACGAUCAUCUCAUAGAGGAAGUGCCCGAAGAUGAACAAUUUGUAGAGGAGGAGGUAGAGGACGGUCCGAUGGAGUUUAUCAGUGUUGGAUACGGCACUACAGGUGAAUUAGUUGCUGAACUCGAAAGCACCACCGCCGAGGAAAUCAUUGAAGAACAUUGUCCCGCCAACGGUAUAGUGCGGGAAGAAUUAUCCACGGAGAUUAAUUACAAUCAAAGCACCGGCGGAUACGGAUCGGUGGAAAAUGGUGAUUUGCAAACCAUUGCCGUAUCGGACGGAAUAGUGUGUGAUUUGUUGGAGAUGGGCUCAGAUGGUAAAUAUCACGCACUGCCCUACUCGUACAAACUCGCAGAAGGAAUCCCGUCUGUUUCGGAAGCGGUUAAACAAACACACUCAACGGUAAGAUUAAGUUAG